AUGUUAUAUUGUGUACGCGGAUGUGUAAAUUUUCAUACAUCUGUGAUAUUUAAUAAAGAUAAGGGUAAACCAAAGAAAACAAAAAAGCAAGAAGUUCUUAUUCGUGCAGAAGAUGCUGAAGAGUUUAUUGAUCUUAAUUUGGUUCAUGAUGAAAUGUUAGAAGUUAUCGAAAAGUUGAAACAUGAUUUUGUGCACCAGUUUAGGAUCGGUGCCAACAUGAAAAUCUUAGACAACAUCAAAGUUUUGCUGCAAGGUGAUGAAUUUCAACUGAGAGAGGUUGCAACUAUCAUAAAGAAAUCGCCCAAAUUAUUAGAAGUUGAUUUUGUGAAUUUUCCUGAAUCACUUGCUUCUGCACAAUCAGCAAUUGAAUGCAGUGGUAUGAACUUGAAUCCAAAAGUCAAGGGUACCAAACUUAAAGUGCCGAUUCCUGUGGUCACAGCAGAACACAGAAAAGCGUUAGUCAAAGCUGCGAAAUCCAGAAUGAAUGAAUCCAAAGAUGAAACAAGAAAAAUUCAAAAAUUUCAUGAAAAAAAACUUUCUAAAGUUGAACAUUUGCCAGAGACGAGGGUUGUAAUUAAAAAGCAAAUCCACAUUUAUGUUGAUGCUAAUUUGAAAGAAGCUGAGAAAAUUUUUAAAGCAAAAGAAAAAGAUUUGUUACUUCAACAAUGA